CGUCGGUGGUAUGAGCUACGGUAACGACGAUCACCCCGAAUUUUUCUGCAAAAGCGCGUGCAGCAUAGCAGAGCACGGAUCGAACGUCACGCAUAUCAGCCUCGGGUCCCAUACCGGCACUCACAUAGACGCACCCAUCCACUUCAUCGAGGGCGCAGCCACCGUGACCGACCUCGAUCUCAAAAUGCUCGUGGCGCCAGCAGUUGUUGUAGACGUUCGGGGGAAAAAGCCACGGAGCAUUAUCACAUGGCAGGAUCUGGAGAAGUAUGAGGAGAGGUUGACGGAGGGCGUUAUGCUCAUUCUGUGCACGGGUUGGUCGAAAUAUUGGGGGGAGGCUGAAUAUCAGGCCAGUCCGCGACUGGACGUCGAUGCUGCGCGUAGGGUGCUGGAUAGGGGCGUUAGGGUGCUUGGGAUUGAUACGCUCAGCCCAGAUGGGAAUGCACUUCCGGGCGAGGUAGCGUUGCAUCCGGUACACAAAGAGGUACUUGGGAGAGAGGCAGUAAUCGCAGAAAAUUUGAACCAUCUGGACGAAUUGUUGGGCGUGAAGGACCCCAUCGUCAGUAUCCUGCCUUUGAGGUUGGACGGAUGUGACGGUUCGCCCAUCAGAGCGGUGGCGUGGCCAGCAAAUGCCAAAGCUGGUCUAUGAACGUUCUGUCGAUGCGUUGGCUUCCAGGCUUUGGGUAUAGCCUUUUCCCAAUCUUUUGGUGUACGUUGCGCAAAUCUUGUCACCUUCUUGACCGUUACAUCUACUUUAUAUACACUUCACACAGAAUAGUAUCAUAUCUCAAUAUCCUCGAAUAUACCAGCAAUAUACACACCAACUCCGGCCAAGUGAGGAGAGUCGCGAGGCUGCGAGUGUCUAGUAGAGGAAUGGAUGUGACAUAGCCCACGUAUCUAAAGUCUACCCGAUGUUUCUUACUCUGCAUAAAUUAUGUCUAGAAAUAAC